AUCAGCUGUUUAUGUCCAAGGCUUGUAGGUUAUGUUGGGAAUUGGAGGUGGUAGAGAUGUCGGGGCUUGCAAAACAGUUCUCCAGGCUACUGGCGAUUCGCUGCAUUCCUAAUGGUGUGAGACAAAUAUUACCUGUUCAGGCACUACAUACAACAAAUGUUCUCGACAAAAACUGGAAUACAGCCAACACUGGGCCGAGGAAAUGGCUCCAAUACAAUAAGGUUGUGCACCCUCCACAAGAGCCACAUGAGGAACCUCGAAAUGCAUAUGUGUGCCAUAUGAAAACUAACAUUAAAUACAGCCCAGAUAAAAUGUGGUACAUCGCCUCAUUUGUACGCGGCAUGACAGUAGACGAAGCUGUGAAACAACUGAGCUUUAUCCUAAGGAAGGGAGCAAAGUAUGCCAAAGAAACCAUAUUGGAGGCACAGAAAAUAGCUGUCGAGCGUCACAAUGUUGAGUUUAAAAGUAAUUUAUGGAUUGCGGAGUCAUUUGUUGGUAAAGGACGCUACUUUCGCGGCGUACGGCGCCACGCACGCGGUCGUACAGGCGAAGUUGAGUACAAGCAUUGUCAUUAUUUCGUUCGUUUAGAAGAAGGUCAACCUCCAAAGGACUAUUACCUUCCGGCACCGAAAACACCUCAGGAACAAUUCGACGAAUGGAUGGAGGGCAUGCGUAAACGAAAAAUCACACACACGCUUUAAAAUUAACUACUUAGUUUUAUUAACAAUAAAAUUACUUUAUAAUGUUA